AUGCCAGGUCUCCGUGUCAUCUACGGCGCUGGCUCUGCAGGCAGCUGGCGCAGCGACACGGACGGACCAGAAGUGGCCGACGUCCUCCAAGAGUUUGGCGUCGACAAGAUUGACUCCGCUCGCAUCUACCUGAAAAGCGAGGAGCUCAUCGGAGAGCGAGGCGUGGCGGCCAAAUUCAAGAUCGACACCAAGCAUCCUGGCGGUUUCGCCGAAACCACCAACGCAACCAAGGAGAACGUGCUCGCGGUCGCCGACAUCAGCUUCGGCCUGCUGAAAACGGACAAGGUCGAUGUUUACUAUAUACAUGCCCCUGAUCGGAAGACACCGCUGGAGCAGACCCUGGAAGGCAUCAACGAAUUAUACAAGCAGGGUCGUUUCGAGCACUUCGGUCUGUCUAAUUUCCUGGCUAGCGAGGUCGAGGACGUGAUCCGCGUGGCCAAGGCGAACGGCUUCGUCGUACCAACGGUCUACCAAGGUAAUUAUUCUGCCAUAGCUCGAAGGCAAGAAGAAGAGCUGUUUCCGACCUUGCGCAAGCAUGGCAUCUCCUUCAACGCCUACUCCCCUCUGGGCGGCGGUUUCUUGACCAAGACGGCAAAGGAUAUCAAGGAGGGGGCUGGAAGGUUCAAGCCUGACACCCCUCUUGGAAAGCUGUACUCUACGCUUUACAGCAAGCCCUCGUUUCUGGCGGCAUUAAAGAAAUGGGAGGAUAUCAGCGCCAAAAGUGGCCUCCCGAAGGCCGAGCUGGCAUAUCGAUGGGUUUCGUACCAUAGCGGCUUGAAGCCGGAGCUGGGCGAUGGAAUUAUUAUUGGUGCGAGGACCCUGGACCAGCUGCGAAAAACACUCAUCGGGUUAAAGAGCGGGCCUCUCCCAGAUCAGGUUGUGGAAGACAUCAAUGGAAUCUGGGACACUAUCAAGGGGGAGGCUGGGUUGGAUAAUUUCAACUUGAACGAUGUCUGA